AUGCAAAACUCCGACCUUUUCAUUGACCCGGCAAUCGUCAGCCUGUCGCAUGCUCCCGCUGGCCGCCCCCCUCUUGCACAGAAAAAGAGUACCUUGGAGCCUGGAAGCGCACUUUCCAAAUUGCUAGAUUCAGCCAUGGCCAACGCUGCCAAAGAACUCACGCCUGAAAGCAGCGAACGUCCUGUUGUAGAUGUGGAAUCCGCUCCAUCUGCUGUCUCCGAAGGUGCCUCUUCUCUGAACAAUGACUGGAUGCUCACUUUGAUCCCAGAGUGUAAACGUGGCCGAGAAAUGGUUUAUUCGAUCCAGACCUUAAUUCUGUUGCAGAACGAACCGGCUGUGUCAUUGUUUGACUCGGGAAAAUUGCCACCAGCAACAUUUUGGCAGGUGAAACAGAAAUCUGCCUCUGACGCUAAUCGCAACAAUGCCGGCAACCUGAAGCGGAACAGACGUAACAACAACAAUAAUGGUGGCGGUAAUGGAGGCCAGCCUCAUGAUUCAGGACGCUCAUGGGACCACUCCGGGUCUAAACUCAGCUGGGAUCGUCGCCCUGGAGGUUUCUUAAAGCAGACUGAGUUAGAGAGUAUGUCUCGCGACAAAAUUUCCCAGCUCUUGGGCGAGAAUCCUAACGAAGAUACGCCGGAAUGGGAUACUCCAGUCAGCAAUGUUGGACUCAACGGUAUUGACAUGGGCUCCACGGUCGAGGAUUUCGAGCGCUGGAAGCAACUGAUGAGACAGGAAGAUAGACGCAAAAACGGAGUUUCUGAUGAGGCACCAGUAUAUUCAAAAGGCAAUGAUGUCGAUAACUUUUUCUCAUUCGUCGGUACUUCUACCGACAAUGUUCCUCGUUCAAAUGUUGGCGCUCCUCAAGAACCUAGUAAAGCACUGGUCAAAGAUUCUUCCAAAUUCUCGUCUUUCUUUGGUGCCCCUGGUAGACCACCAAAUAGUACAGAAGAUACAGCAGCAGCUCUGCAACCUAGAAAAGAAAGCAAAUCUGGGUCUGUGAGUUCCGCGCCUGGCAGAGGACUGAGAUUUUUCAAGAACGAACCUGCAACCUCUUCUCCUGUUGCUCAACAAACUCAGCAAGUUUCCCAAUUACCUCCAAAUAUUUCAGGACCAGCCGCAUCCCACCCCAGCAAUCAAGGACCUCCUCAGUAUCCUCGAUACCCAAGUGAUCUUGCUCCUCCAGGUAUUGCAGCUCACUCAUCUGUACCCCCUCAAGGAUACCCUGGACUCACUAGAACUACGUCCUCAGGUGUUGCUCCACCUCCAGGCUUAAGUGGUCCUCCAGCUAUUUCAGACGAUAAUUUCUUUUCCGGGCUUCUUCUGAGAAGACAACAGGAGCUUCCAGGCCCUGCCUCUUCGCAAAGUUUAGAUAUUUCAGGUGCUGAUCCAAAAAUCGACCAUCAACAAUAUCCUCCGAUGGGAGGCUUUCACAAUAUCCCAUCUGGAGCAGGUCCCAACCACCCAUUUUUUGGAAGACCUCCUCCAGGUAUGUUCCCUCCAGGUAUGCCUCCACAAGGCCCUCAUGGCCAUCCACAACAACCCAUCGGUUCAGCGCAUCCUCCUAAUUCAAACAUCAAUGCCAGAAUGGGUGGGCCUGCUCAGUCUGGUGCACCCGGUACGCCAGGCAAAGGCCAAAUGCAACUUCAACAGCAACUCCAAGGCCAUCAGCAAUCCGUAGCUACAGGAAACGAAAUUCCACCAUGGAUGAGAAUGCAACCUGGCCCCAAUGGACAAUUGCCUCCUCCUCCACAUUAUGCCAUGGGCCCUGGUGGAUUUCCUCCUAUGAACCACGGGUUCCCCCCUGGCAUGGCUCCACCAAAUGCCGAACAUCGACAAAAAUAA